AUGUCAUUGAGGGCCCUCGCCCGUUCGGCUGAUCACCUGAGCUGCCAUGCCAAAGACGAGGCCUGCUGGGCUUGCUGUUGCGACGCCUCGGGCGGGGUCCAUGGCGACUCUUUCGACCUGAACAAGUCUUACCCUUGCGCCAGGAGGCCGUCGCCAAAGAAGGACAUGGCACUGCAGCGCUGGCACGUCAGUGGGUCCAUAUCAGCAGCGCAGAACCUACACUUGUCCAGCUUCCUCUGCUUAAAGUCUCCCUCGGCCUCUUUGUCGAACUCCUGCGGCGUGUCCAGCUCUUUUCUCAGUCAACUGGCUGCUGGUGACGUCCCCAGCACCGGGCCUCCUGCAGUCCACAAUCCUAACAAAGCUAUCCUCACUGUGGAUCCAAAGACCACAGAGAUUCUUGCUGCUAAUGAGAAGGCAUGCAAGUUGUUUGAGCACAACAACAAUGACCUGAUUGGAUUAAAGCUGUCAGGUCUCCUCAAGAGAGCCAAUCAAAUCGUGGAGGAAGCCUUGGGGGAGGAGUAUAUGGAGAGAGAUGGGAAGCCGGUUGUUGUGUCUGGAAAAGUGGUGGAGGCUGUGAACAAGUCUGGCGCGCGGAUACCGCUUUCGAUAUGGGGCCGAAGACUGACCCAGGAAGAACCCCGCUGCCUGAUCGUGAUGGAGCGUGUAGAGAGAAUAGCUGCCAACGUGUCCUUCAUGCAAGAUGGGAAGAUCCUAAGCUGCGACCACGCUUUUGCUCGCCUCCACGGGUACCAGGGUGUUGAUGAGGUGACGGGGUUGUCCGUCAGGGAGCUCAUUCCAUCCCUCCGCCUCCCACCUCAUGGAAAGACAUUGCCGAAGACGCUCCGAAUCCAACGCGUAACUGGCAGAGGAAAGGACGGCACCAGCUUCCCGCUCUGCAUCAAGCUCCAGGCUGCAGUGGAUUGUGGGAAAUUUGGGCAGAAGGACCAGUGUGGUGGGGGGAUGCCGGAGAAGGCAGAGGCAGCUGGGCCGUCGCACCCGGACCCCUGUGAGGGAUCUCCCUCGAGAGCACAGUCUUUCGAGGCUGGUUGCCCACCGCCGUCAGGCACGGGUUUGGUGUUUUCCGGAACGGUCUGGGUGUUCACCACGCUGAGUGGGCUUCUCACCCUGCGUCCCGACGGCUCCAUCCACAGCAUCAACGACAGCUUCUCCACCGUGCACUUCGGGUACAGGAAGUCGGAGCUAAAGGGGAAGAGCGUCACCUUCCUGAUGCCGGGCUUCUACCAGUGUCUGCGUGCUGCGGAGGAGACCUCCGACCCCCGACCCCGGCACCACGGCGACGAGCCCAGAGACCACGCCUCCCCAGAGGGGCGUCUCCCCUUCCACACCGGCUGCUCCAGCUCCUCCAGAAGCAACACGGAUCCGAGCACGCUGCUGGCCGGUGACAUAGCCACGGUUCAGCGGGAGGCGGCGAGGAGAGCCCCUGCCAAGGGGAAGAUCUUCACUGGGACCUGCGACAGGUUGGAGAACCAGGGCAGCGUUCCGUCAACGUUGUCCUCACCGGCCGUGACCUCCACCCCUUACGAUGAGCAGGAUUGCACCAGUGAUCUGAUGGAGCAGGCUGCCCUGGUGGGACCUGGGAGCAGUGGCUGUGUGGGGGCAGAUAACACCAGCUGCCUUCUGCUCACCCAGGGCGGGCGCAUACCCCGUCUGUCCCCGGCAGAGCCAGGGCAUCCAGGUGACAGCCCCGCUGCUCUGGAUCGGCUUGAUCCUGCCCCCGGGACCCCCCUGCAGGACGAGCGGGCCCCGGCCGGAGGAGAGCGCCCCCCGCUGGCCUGCCCGUGCUCAGAGCUCACCGAGUCGCAGAGCUCCAGCUUCGAGGUCAUCUCCCUGGGGAGCCGCUCGUCCUCCGGCUUCUGCGAGAAGUGGGCCGGCGGCUCCGGGGCGGAUCGGCCCGAGGACGCGCGCCGGCUCGCCGCGUCCGACUCCGGCAGCUGCUUCCUGGACGUGAACUCCGACGGCGACGUGAUCACCAGAGCCCUGCGGGACCUGGACCUGAGCGGCAGCCUGGAGCUGCUGCCCGCCGAUCUCUCCCAGGCGUCCUGCGACACGGCCGACCUGCUCCGCACCCCGUCGCCGUACGUGGUAGAGUCCGACCCGGAGGCGGAGAAUGGAGCGGGGCAGACCACGAGGCACGGAGAGGGGGGAGAGGGCCGGGACAGCCCCGCGGAGGCGGAGCAGGAACAGUGUGGGCCGUGUGGAAGGCGAGUCACUGACGACACCCCUGCAACCUCAACCCCAAAGAAGCAACCGCUGAAGACCCCACUACUCUCAGCUGCUCCGGGGGAGAUCAUGCAGGGACGCUACCAGGGACACUGCUAUCACAGAGAUGGAUCCAGGCUUGACGUGCAGUUGGACAUCCACAGGGUUGACCUUCCUGAUGGUCAGUCUCUCUUCUGCGUCUGGAUGAUGAGGAACCAUCACAUCAGCCACCAGCAGGGGGCGCUGAUAAGCCUGCAGUCUGACACCGAGAACAACAGCACCUCAUUCCAGGACACAUCUGGGCUAAGUCUGGGGGAGGUCAUUCGGGACACGGCGCGGGGCGAGGCCCUGCACUCCGCCCAGGACCUGGAGCACUCGCGGGCGUGCGAGGGCCAGUUCGGGGAGGAGUACCGCCUGCAGUGCGCCGUGGGCAAAGGGGCCUUCGGCUUCGUGUGGAAGGCCCGCCGGCGAGCCGACGACAGGGAGGUUGUGGUGAAGUUCAUCCGCAAGGACCGGAUAGUGAAGGACUGUUGGGUGGAUGACCCUGAUAUGGGCCAGGUCAGCCGGGAGAUCGCCAUACUGGCCCGGCUCCAGCACCCCAACAUUGUCAAGGUGCUGGAGGUGUUUGAGAACGAGCACUUCUUCCAGAUGGUGAUGGAGAGCCACGGGGAAGUGCUCGACUUGUUCGAGUUCAUCGAGCGGCAGCCUUGCCUGGACGAGCCGCUGGCCAGCUACAUUUUCAGACAGCUGGUGGCUGCGGUGAGCUACCUGAGAGGGAAAAGCAUCCUUCACAGAGACAUCAAGGACGAGAACAUCAUCAUCGACACCAGCUUCCAUGUCAGGCUGAUCGACUUCGGGUCGGCCGCGGUGCUGGAUCCUGGAAAGCUGUUCUACACCUUCUGUGGCACGCUGGAGUACUGCUCCCCGGAGGUGCUGCAGGGAAACCCGUAUGAGGGUCCUGAGCUGGAGAUGUGGUCCCUUGGGGUGCUCCUGUACACUCUGCUGUUCAGCGAAAACCCUUUCUGUGAGGUAGAGGAGACCCUGCAGGCCCAGCUCUGUCCUCCCUUCCCUCUGUCUCCAGAGCUACAUACACUCCUGUCUGGCCUGUUGAACCCGGAUCCUGGGCUGCGGAGCACCCUGGAGGAGGUGCUCCAGGCCCCCUGGAUCCGCCAGCCCAUCAACCUGGCACACUACAGCUGGGAGGAGGUGUUUCCUGGCAACCGCGAUUCCCUCCUCUGCCAUGGGCCCGAACCAGCGGCCUCCCAGGAAGAUGGCUUGCAUCCAGAUGCUGAGGGGUACCGGAGCCCCUCCGAUGAAUCACUACCAGACGAGGAUGAGGAGGAGAGGAGGUCCAUGGUUGCUCUGGAGACCGAGCUCCUCAAGUAUCUCGCUGAUGAGUAA